UGGCUGUUCCAGUGACAUCUGGGAGCACAAGCAAACACAAAAGCUAAGUUUAACGUCUGUGUCGCCAUAUUCCCCUGUGUCGCAAUAACCCAGUUGUAUGGACUAACUUGGUUACAGGUUCUCUGGCAAAAGACAACUGUGGAUGGGACCGGUUUGUGAACAUGUCCGAAGUCUCCAACUUUACACUUGUCAGCCCAAACAUUUCCAAUAUUAACCUAAGCAGUACAGAGCCGUGUCAGAUCACAAUAUUUGCACGUGGUCGCCCGAGUGAUAAGACGUUCUGGCCUUCAUUAUUUCUAUUUACGAAGAGCUUUAACCUGUCAGGACCUGGGAGCUGCAGAGACGACUCAGAGCGAGUUGAAAUCUCUGAUAAUCAUCGUCCACCCAAAAAAUGGUGCGGUAGAACAUUCGCUGAGAAACUAGAAUUCUAUAAAGAUGUGCACUUGGAGUAUUACCCAGGAACCAAAGACCAAGGGUCUGGGUUUGAGAUGGUCUUUCAAGACUGGCAAUGGUCCCCGUUCUGCAAUGGAGUCCAACAGCUUGAAGUGCGGGAUGAACCAAUGCUACUGUAUAUUCUACGCACUGGUAUUGGAUACCAUGGACAGCCAGACUAUGGUUGUGCAUGGAAUUUGACUGCUCCUGAAGACAAAAUCGUCCUUCUUCGUGCUUUUAGUGAAGCGAGAAUUCCCUGCCAGGGGCCUUGGUUUGAGUUUGGUGAUGGAUGCCAGACUGUUGACUUUCCAAAGAUUAAAACCCAGCAGACUUCAACAAUUGUUUCAUCGGAUGACUUUUCCUAUUACAAUAGUAACUAUUUUUUGGCGGAAUAUGUGGCGGCGUCAAGAGAUGCCAUCCAGUGCGUUGACUCGACGCCGGUGCAUGUUCCAUUGACCACGGAGGAGUUGUUUAUACAGCUAGACAGCAACACGACAAGGUGCACCCUUCAGUUCACCACGGACUCCCCGGACAAGACUGUGGAUCUCAGUUUUCUUCCUGUUGUGAAUGACACGUCCGUUCUCAACGUGACGGGGUUUAUUCUUGAACUUUUUGAUGGAAAAGACAGGUUCAUCAACAGUAGUGACGUGAAUCAACAACCGUUCCGACGUUUCCAGUCAGCUCACAGCUCAGUGACCUUGACCUACAACAAGGUGGAGGUCGAAGAAGGAAUCCGACCUAGUAUCUUUGCCUGGCUCAGAGCGCGAGCUCGUUUACCAGAGCAGCUGCCCAGGAAUCUGAGAUCGACCUCAGUCAAGUCUUUCUUGUGGGUCUCUGCUGCAUAUCUCAGCUCCCCUUACAGUCGCCUUGUGAAGAUCUACAACUACCAGAAGUGCCUGAGUCUCCAAGUGUUGGACCAGACACAAACAAACACUCACAACCCGGCGGACUUCUUCUCUGCCUAUGCAGAUUUCAAAAACAGUCAAUAUGACUUGACGUAUGACUGUUUAGGGAGGCCGAAGGAGAAAAUGGUUCUGACAGAAGGAGAAUUAACUAGCAUAUCAUUUCACAGAAACAUCAGGUUUUCUGGCUUCUGGCUGGUCUACAAUAGUCUGGAUACAGAUGAAGAGUGCAAGGGCCUAACCACAGAGCUGACGCGAGAAGGAUUUGAGUACACACUACCAAGCGAUGUCUUCCAAAGGCACAGCAGCUGUGAGUUUAGUAUGGCCAGCAACCUUUCUCCCGGAGAACGAGUACGCUUCAGAGUCCUUUAUUCUGAAAGUGACUUGACACUGCGAUCAGUUGCACAUAUGGCAGGUAGACGCAAAUUUUAUACACUCCUCGAGAAUGGAGUUUGGCUUCCGAACAAGUGGGUCUACUCCAGAUACCCCCUGGCUCUAACCCUUAAAGGAGGUGCUCACCCAAGUAAUGGGUCGUCUUCUUUCUCCUUUGAAGUGAUCAAUACACCUGCUCCUGGGUGUGGAAACCUUUCCCUCACUGCAACCACCGUCCCGCAAAAGCUGACCUCUCCGUACUAUCCAGACUUCUACCCAACAGAGAUAACAUGCGACUGGGUCAUUCGAAAGUCCUCUUCUGUACCUGCUAAUGAGCACAUAGUCAUAGAAGUUCCAGAGUAUCGCAAAGGUUGCACAUAUCAUCUAAAAGAAUCUCUAGAUGUCACUCAUAUAAGAGAUUCUGGCUCGAAUGGGGAAACGAUCAAGGUGUUCUGUCAAUAUCUAAAGCGUUACCAAAUGUUCACAGACGGCUACCUCAGAGUGAGGUUUGUGUCAGACAUUCAACGCGUUGGACCUGGCUUCAGUCUCACCUAUUACACGGAAGAGAGAACUAGUAUCGAGGGUUGCAACCAGACAGUGACCCUAUCAGAGAACAACACACGACACCUACUGGAACAUCAAUUUUUACCUCAGCAUUAUACCGGAAGUUCUUACACAUGCUGGUGGUUAUUCAAGUCCAGUUUCGAGGAGAACAAAACGGUUGUAAAGAACCUCUCUGUCCAGAUUCCAAAAGCGCUCGGUGCUCAUAAAUUAAAAGUGAUCAUUUCUAAAGGGUUUAGAGGGAAUGAACUGCGACGUUUCAGUAGCCCUACUGAUGAAAAAAGCGAUGAGACACUGCAGGUAGCCCCUGGCACGGACCUUUAUGUGCAAAUGUCCAUGGAGAAUGACUUUCGUGAACCAAUGAACAUCUCGAUGGAAAUUGAGACUCUCAAAGUUACGGGAUGUGAUGGCUUUGAUAUGACAAUGGACGUCGGCACAGAAGGCCAGGACUUUACCUCUGUGGACUACCCUCAGCUGUACAAAAGCGACACCGAGUGCAAGUGGAGACUUCAAGCGCCGGAAGGCAAAUCAGUCAAGGUGGAGGUUGCAGACCUUGUGCUUGGUGGAGGUUCAAGGGAAGACCCAUGCGAGAACUAUCUGUCGUUCCAACAAGUCACUCCUAGGGUGUACUUUGCCAAACUGUGCAGCGACUCUGAGGCAAAGCCAUUUGUAAUAGAAGAUGACCUAGUUAUACUGGUCUUUCACACCAAAUCCACUGGGCCCGGAGCAAGCUUUCGGCUCCGUCUACAGGCCGUUGAUCGAUCAGAGAAAGGAGAUGAAAGUGGAGAUGAUUCUGGCUUCAAGCACUACAGAACUAUCGGGGGAGUGUGUGCGGGCGUGGUUGGAGUGAUCGCUAUUGCCCUUGGUGUCUACUUUGUCAGACAGCACAGAAUGAGACAACAGGAGCAGAGUCAAGGAAACGCUGCAACCACCGUUCCUCAUAGUGCUACAAACUACAGGUAUACAAAAGGCUCAUUCCCUGACCCACCGCCGUACGCAUUAGCUGUGAAAUCACCAGCGUCUGUCACACCCCAGCCAGGAACAAAGACCAGCCACUGGUAAAUGCAAGACACAGCGAACAAACAACGUAGUGGUCAAUUUGAUGCCUCAAAAGCUACACCAGUGAUAUGUGUUACUGAAAAUUAACUUUCUCCAUCGUCAGAAAGAAGUUUCAAAUUUGGGAUAGAUACCUGGUCGAAUGAGUUUGUACGUGGUCAGGUUUGAGAAGGAAACCAGACUGGGAAAUGGGCGCAUGUCAAACAGAGUUCUAGAGAAGUGACCGCGGAAUCGUAUGCAGUAAAAUAUUUAAAAAGCACGCCACUAUCUGACUUUUGUCAUGGGACAAGACCUGGCUAUCUUAGAAUUACAAAGGAUUAUGACAUUUAUUGCCGUUUUGAUUUACUAUGAUUUACAAUUAGGUCGAAACAAGAUUAUCCAUCUGCUCAAUCCAAACCGUAACAUUAUUCUGAGUUGUGAUCAAGAUAUGCAAAAGGAUUUUAAAACGCUUGGCUUGUUGUGAAACUCGAAAUGUGUAACUUUAAAUAUCUCACAACUAGGCACUGAGCAGAUAAAACUUUGUAAUUCACGGUGGCGAAGCCUCUACCCAACUAUACAUAAACACACUCCUGGUGUAUAAGUAUCUACCCAUUAAUACAUAGACAAACAUUUGAUGCAUAAAUGUUCGUAAAAGAAAUUUUGAAACCCUUUUUUAAAAAUAGAUUAAUACCACCUUUUGAGCAUGACGUCACGGUGAUCCCACGGAGACGGAAAACAAAGAUGCUUACUAGUCUGAGUAAUUUCUGAACGUAGGGUUAAAGUUUACCUUCACCUAAAUGAUUCAGCUUUUUGUACAAAGUUAAAGAUAGCAGUGUUGCUUCUAUUAGAGCCACUUUCACUUGAAUUUUUAAAAUGAUUUGCACUGGCUUUCUUUCUUUCUUUAUGUAUUGAUGAUUGUAUUUAUUUAUUUAUUUAUUUAUUUA